CUCAAUUGACGCCUCGCCGCCAUGACGACCAUUCAUCCGGACUCCACCGAGGAGUUCGAAUAUAUCCAGACUCCGGCUGCCCCCGAGCAGACCAAGCCUGCCUUCGACUGCGGUGUCCCGACCACCCUGUACCCGACUAUUAAGAAUGCUCCCGUCCCAGCUGAUUCACCCGGCAGCGACAGCUUCUCCAAUGGCUUGAUGAUCGCUCUGGAGGUCAUUGUGCCUUGGUGGCUGGCUCGCCAGGUUGGUGGAGGUUUCUACACCACCAUAUUCUUUGCUCUCUUCACCUCCGUUCCCGUCCUGGUGGCCUUCUGGGCUGUCUCUUCUUCUGUUUCUCCUCGCAAGACCGAGAAGGCCAAGUACUGUGGCCGCCCCGUGGAGCACUACCUGCAGUUCCACAGCGAGCACGAUCGUGCUACCUACCGUGGCAAGAGUAAGGUCCCCAUGGAGGUCUUCUACGAGAAGUACUUCAAUGGCGAGGUUGACUUCAAGGGCGAUGCUCUGGAGUGCCUCGAGUACCGUCACGACUGGGCCAACUUCAAGUUCACCACUGGUCUCUUCAAGCACUUCCUGUUUGGUUUCAUCCCCGAGAUGCUGAUGCACACUCGUUCUCAGGACGAGGAGCAGGUCCGUGAUCACUACGACCGAGGUGACGACUUCUACGCUUGGUUCCUUGGCCCACGCAUGAUCUACACCUCCGGUGUUAUCAGUGAUAUCAACAAGGAGGAGACCCUCGAGGAGCUCCAGGACAACAAGCUGGCCAUUGUUUGUGAGAAGAUUGGUGUCAAGCCCGGUGACAAGAUCCUCGAUCUUGGCUGCGGCUGGGGAACUCUUGCUCGGUACGCCUCGGCCUACUACGGCGCUCACGUUACUGGUAUCACUCUUGGCCGCAACCAAACCGCAUGGGGUAACAAUGGUCUUCGCAAGGCUGGAAUCGAGGAGGACCAGAGCCGCAUUAUUUGCAGUGACUAUCGCGAUGCUCCCCGUGUUGAGGGUGGAUACCAACACAUCACUUGUCUCGAGAUGGCUGAGCACGUCGGUGUCCGCCACUUGUCUUCUUUCUUAACUCAGGUUUACGACAUGCUCGACGACAACGGUACUUUCUUCCUGCAGAUCGCUGGUCUCCGCAAGUCCUGGCAAUACGAAGACCUGAUCUGGGGUCUUUUCAUGAACAAAUACAUCUUCCCCGGUGCUGAUGCCAGUACUCCUCUCGGUUUCGUUGUGGACCGCCUCGAGGGCGCUGGCUUUGAGGUCAAGGCUGUCGACACCAUUGGUGUGCACUACUCUGCUACCCUCUGGCGCUGGUACCGGAACUGGAUGGGCAACCGCGACAAGGUCGAGGCCAAGUACGGAAAGCGCUGGUUCCGCAUCUGGGAGUACUUCCUUGCUUCCUCCACUAUCACUUCCCGCCAGGGUGGUGCCACCUGCUGGCAGCUUACCCUUGUUAAGAACAUCAACUCCACUCACCGUAUUGACGGCAUCGCCACUCAGCACGGUCUUGCUGGAGCUCGCCAGAGCGCCAUUGACCGCGCUGGUACCCUUCCCAAGGCCCACAUAAUCAAGAAGGACCUUUGAAGGAUUGAUGAACAAUCCUAGCCCUCAUCUGCUUCUCCGGGGGUCCAUAUCAGCCCCCCUCGGACUAGCAUGACGUUAUAUGAAAGGGCGCCGCAAUAUGUGGAUGUUAUUCUACUGUGAACAUAUUGAAAUGUUUAACAAGCAUGUAUGACGUGAGUGACAUGAGGUGAAGUGAGGUGAAGCUGAAUUUCAUGAAUGGUUGUGGAAGAAAAAGGCAGGAGAUGGCAGCGGAAGAGAAGCAUGGAUAGGUCAGAGGCCUAUUUGGCUGGUCCGCCUGGAUAUUUAUCUCGAUAUCUAUCUAUGG